AUGAAGUGGACGCUCCUCUCGUCCCUGGCCCUCGCCAGUCUGGCGACCGCCUCCUUCGAAGGCGAAGCCAAGAUGAGCCAUCUGAUGUCGCUCAAGAUGCAGAGUCGCGAGCGCGCGCGCGCCAGCGGUCUGUUCCAGGUCAACCGGUACAUGGACCGGGGCGCCACGAAGUGCAAGAAUGGCAAGGCCGGCGAAUAUUCCUGCGACAACGUCGAUCUCAAUGCCUUCCUGAGCCACCAGGCCAUGGGGAGCGUUACCCGCGAGGGGAACGAUAUUUGGGGGUGGACGUCGGCGGACGGCCGCGAGUUCGGCGUCGUCGGACAGACGGACGGCACGGCCUUUGUCGAGGUCAUGAAGGAUGGGAGCCUCGAGUAUGUCGGCCGGCUGCCGACGCAGACCGUCUCGAGCGUGUGGCGCGAUAUGAAGGUCAUCGGGGACUAUGCGUAUAUCGGGUCGGAGGCGCCAGGCCACGGCCUGCAGAUCUUCGAUCUGAAGAAGCUCCUGGAUACCUCGAGUUUCGCGCCGCGGACCUUCUCGCUGACCGACCUGACCGCGUGGUACAGCGGGUUCGGCAGCUCGCACAACAUCGUCGCGCACGAGGAGACCAACAUGAUCUACGCGGUGGGCACGGCGCGCAACCUCAGCUGCGCGGGGGGUCUGUGGAUGGUGGACGUGUCGGACCCGGCGAACCCGACGUCGCCGGGGUGCGUGAACCAGGACGGCUACGUGCAUGACGGCGAACCAGCGCAAUGCGUGAUCUACCAGGGCCCGCACAAGAAAUACACCAACCGCGAGAUCUGCUUCAACUACAACGAGGACACGCUGACGAUCGUGGACGUCACCAACAAGAAGAAGCCGAAGCAGAUCUCCAAGACGCCGUACGUCGGCGCCAGCUACACGCACCAGGGCUGGAUGGCGACGGCCGACAUGGCGUACCUGCUGCUGGACGACGAGCUGGACGAGGUCGACGGCGCGGGCGAGGCCGCCAACGGCCACACCACCACCUACAUCUUCGACAUCCGCAACCUGGAGAAGCCCAAGCACACGGGCUCGUACCAGUCGCCCGUGCGCUCCAUCGACCAUAACCAGUACGUGAUUGACGGGCUGUCGUACCAGGCGAACUAUGGCAGCGGCCUGCGCAUCGUGGAUGUGAGCUCCGUCCGCGCGGACCCCUCGGGCAAGGGUUUCAAGCAGGUGGGCUUUUUCGACUGCCACCCGGAAGACGAUGCCGGCGAGGGUGAGGUCGAGUUUGUCGGGAGCUGGAGUGUGUACCCGUAUUUUGAGAGUGGGAACAUCCUGCUGAACAGUAUCGAGCGGGGCGUGUACUCGCUGAAGUAUACCGGUUCGUCGUGA